AUGGGAGCUCUGGCUACAUUAGCUCCUUGGAUUCCCGAGGACGAUCUUUUGCUCAAGAACGCCGUUGAGGCUGGUGCUUCACUAGAGUCACUUGCUAAAGGUGCAGUGCAAUUUUCUCGAAAAUAUAAUAUUAGAGAGAUACAGGAUAGAUGGUAUUCUCUCCUCUAUGAUCCUGUCAUUUCUGCGGAAGCUUCUACGGGUAUGACAAACUUUGAGCUUUCAGCUUCGCCUCUCCCAUCGAAAUUCUAUAGGUUUGGACAUUCCAAAGAACAUAAAGUUGUUUCAGCUAAAAGAAAGUCUGAAAGUGUUCGCAAUUUGUAUUAUGCUAGGCGCAAAAGAAUUCGCAAUAGCAUAUUAACCUCCAUGGACUUAAGUUUUCUAGUCGAUCCGGUAAAUGGUAAUUAUGCAGAGCAUGGAAGUGACGACCCCUUGUCUGGAAACUGCAUGCCUGAAGGUGGAACUUCAAAUCAUUUUUCAAAUCUCCCAGCUCAGUAUGAUUUUCCUUGUGAAAAUGUGAUGGAUGAUAACGUAGCUUCUGAUGCCGGUGUGUUUUUCCCUGGAGUUGAAAAUGCAGUUGAAAAGAAUUUGCCUGUCAAACUAAAGAGUGUGUUUAAGGAAGAACCUCAAUUUCUUGGAGACAAUGUGCCUUUGGAUGGAGCUGUUGAGGAGUUGGAUGUUCCUAGAGAAUUGACCAUAGAUGGGUGGAUUGGAGACAAUGAUUUAGAGACAAUGCCUUUGGCCACAUUGGAUCACAUCAACAGUGCCCCUGGAAAUAUGUGUCCUGAUUUUGAUGAAAACAAUGUAUUUGAUUCAUCGGAGUUAGAGUGUGGAACAUCGUUUAACUUAUCUUCUCUUCCUGAAAUACCAGUCUGGAGUAUAGAUGAGGGCAUUCAAGAACCUGAUAUGCCAUGCGAUGGUUUUAACGAUUCUACUGCUUGUGGGGAGGCUUAUUUGGAAGAACUGUCCAAUUCUCUCCUCAACUUCAGUAGUGAGGAAGAACUCUUUCUGAUGGAUGUUGAUGGAGAAGAAGGGAUUGACAAGUCUUACUUUGAUGGUCUGAGUUCACUCCUAACUUCUACAAUUGAUGCUAAUCCAAGUCAAGUCCCUAAAAGGGAUGAAACAGAGUCGUUAAUGGCCUCACAGGCACAUGUUAUAAAUCAGCCAGUUUCAUGUAGCAAAGAGGUAGAUGACAACCCAGGGUCAGCCGCUAGUGGUGUACAAGUAGUUCACAAAUUAGAGUUCCAAUUAUCAUCUCCUCCCUUGGUUGAAGACCCCCAAUUUCCUGAACUAACUAAUGAAGUUUCUUCCUGUUCACUGAACACUGAGGAACAAGAAAUUCCAGAUAAUGAAGAUGUUUUCCUACCAUUUGAUGUUCCUCCUGUCAUAUUUCCCCCUUCAUCUAAACUAAUUUUUAAAGCUUCCAAAAAACCAAUUUCAUCAUCUGUUCAGGAUUAUGGAUUUAAUAAGCAUAGAGCUAGUGAAAGGGGUAAAACUUUGAUGCAUGUAGAAAAGAAAACCCGUGUAGAAUCUCAUGCAUCUUCUCAGAUGACGGGAUCUCUUUGCUUCCCAGGACCUGAUGGUGGUUCUAAGGCAAAAUUUGAGUUGCCUGGUAAUCAUCCAUCACACGCAGUAUCUAUGAGUUCUGUUACUGUUCCUGGUCGCUUUGGUGGAAAUGAUACUGCAAACACUACUAAUGCUCUUCUGCAUGCAAAUAAAAAGGAAGAAGCUACCAAUGCUGGCUUGGCAAAGGAUCCCAGCAAUCGUGUGGCUUAUCCUUUCGUUAAGAAAUCAGCUGCUGAUUCUAAUGACUCAAGAAAUCAUGCCCAACUUAAUGGUUCUAGCAUAAAAAGUGAACAAGAUUUAGCUUUGCCACUUCAAGAUCACCAGUUGCAAUGUGCUGAAGUGGGAUCCUCAGAUGUUCUUGAGUCAGAGCUGGUGGCAAAUCCUCCAACAUUAGACGAGGAAGAGCAAUAUAUAGAGAGUGACGAUGAGCUUCCUUCUUAUUCUGAUGUAGAAGCGAUGGUACUUGAUAUGGACUUCGAUCCUGAUGAUCAUCAGGAUUCUUCUUAUAACGAGGAAGUAUCAAGAUAUCAAAAUGUGGAAAGUAAGCGAGCUAUUAUGAGGCUAGAACAGGGUAUCCAUUCUUGUAUUCAGAGAGCUAUUGAAGCACAUGGAGCAUUUGCCAUUUUAUAUGGUCGCUACUCAAAGCAUUAUAUUAAGAAACCUGAGGUUCUUCUUGGACGAGCAACAGAAGGUUUUCCUGUGGACAUUGACUUGAGCAAAGGAGGGCAUAGCAAUUCAGUAUCUCGACGUCAGGCAAUUAUAAAGAUGGAUAAAGAGGGAUCAUUUUACAUAAAAAACUUCGGCAAGAGUUCAGUCCUGGUAAAUAGCAAAGAAGUGCACACUGGUCAGUCUCAAAGACUGCAUACUAAUUAUCUGAUUGAGGUGAGGGGCAUACCGUUGAUAUUUGAGGUAAAUCAAAAUCGGGUGAAGCAGUACCUGGAUCACAUUUCUGACAAUUCACAGACCUUUUAG